AUGGCAGAGCUCACUGUCGACGUCCAAUGGUCUUCAGCCGUCAACACAUGUUACGCCACACGAGCACCACCCCUCUUUGUGGUGUUAUGGGCUGUUCCGAUACCGUUUGGGAUUAUCAUCCUCUGUCUAACCAUAUACAGCUCCCCUUCGAGACCUCGCGCGGAGCAAGUACAUCUCAGACAGGCCCUGCACCGUGACGGAGCACUAUUUUUCCUGAUUCUUUUUGGCCUGGAGCUUCUGAACUUUUGCUGCUUCGUCUCGUUCAACGACCCAAGGAAGAUUAUGAUGGUCCCGCCGCUCGUAUGGGCAAUGGCCACGUUGACUCUAAACCGAUUUCUGCUGCAUAUCCGAUCCGUUGAGUCCAGGAGUGGUAGCUUCUCGGAUGAGAACGACUCUUACGACCAGAUCCCGCAUGAGGGCUCGCAUGACACUGGUGGCGAUACGCUGGCAGGUCCAGACCAUACCGAGUUGACUUUGCGUCCGACCAGUGCUAGCGAGUCGAUGCUACAAAACGUUCCGUGA